AUGAGUGGCGCGAGAAAGCUACCUUCGACUGAGGUAUCCGGACGCGAAGCUCGAACUAAUUCCAAGAAUUUUAAAUGUGACAGUCAACAAACGUCGGCAUGCCAAACCAAAUCACCUGUUGGGCUGCCGAUAAAUCCCGACCGAAAGCGGCGUCGUGAUGAAGCUGCAAAGGAAAGCUGCACUCAACAUGGCCAGAGCGCCAAUAUACGAAAGAAAAGAAAGAUAGGGCUUUUAAUACAUAAUCAUUCCAUAUCCAUGGCUGAUCCUAACAGCCAUCCAAAUUAUACCCCUACAGUCAACCAUGAGGAUAUAUCAGAUGAGGUGGAAGCUCGUUUGAAGUUGAAAGAAAUAGCCCGUCGCAAUAUCAAUGGUCAACGAGAGAAGAAAAGGAAAAGAGACGGUUCACAAUCGCCGUCUGAGUGUACUACUAUUGACAGCAGUACCAUACUAAGGCGGAAAAGGUUGAGAACUAAAAAUGGUAAUGGGUGA